AAAUAAUCGAUUGUAGCUAUGUGGAUAGCUAAAUGACAAUCGAAGUAUUAUGAAUCCACAGUGUGUGCAUUUUAGUUCUCGACAGAGAUGAAAAGUAGGUAACAUUUUAUACAGGCACUUUUAGAGCACCCUUGCGGUCUUCCGUCAACGUGUUUAAAGACCCCAUCAUGUCCAUGCUUGCAGAACCCCGUAGAAAACAGAAGUGGUCAGUUGACCCGCGGAACAGCGCGUGGAGUAAAGACGAGUCCAAGUUCGGCCAGAAGAUGCUGGAGCGAAUGGGCUGGUCCAAGGGAAAGGGCCUGGGGAGAACUGAGCAGGGCUCCACAGAACACAUCAAAGUCAAAGUGAAGAACAACCAGCUGGGGCUGGGAACCACUGCCAGCCACGAGGACAACUGGAUCGCCCAUCAGGAUGACUUUAACCAGCUCCUGGCAGACCUCAACAAUUGCCAUGGUCAAAACACUGCCAAUGAAGCCCCAUCAGAGGAGAAACAGCAGGAGAAGUCCUUCAGCCUGGAGGAGAAGUCAAAGACGUCCAGGAAGAGGGUCCACUACAUGAAGUUCACCAAAGGGAAGGACCUGUCCAGCCGCAGCCAGACAGACCUGGCCUGUAUCUUUGGGACGAGGGGGACGAAGCGCAUAGCCGAGGCCCAGGAAGAGGAGAGCAGUGGGCCAGACUCCCAGGGAAUGAACGAGAAGGAGACCAGGGCAGUUACAGCACCAGCUACAAAGGUUACGACCCCUGAACCUGAUGUAGAGGCCAUCACCAAAACAGUCACCAGCAACCUCUCCAUGCAGGAGUACUUUGCCCAGCGGAUGGCUCAGCUGAAAAAGGGUCGUGGCGAGGCUCCCACUGCAACCUCAUCACCAGAGAACAGUGAUACGCAGCAAGUCCCGGCUGAUUUUGUCACUGACCACACAGAGGAACUCACGUCAAAGAAGAAGAAGAAGAAGAAGAGGAGAAAGAGAGAGAGGGAAGAGGAUGACGUGGUGGUGGUGAAGGAAGAGUGUGUCGUAGCUCCCGUGUCGGAGGGGCGCGAGAAGAAGAGAAAGGGGGAGAGGGAAGAGGAUGACGUGGUGGUGGUGAAGGAAGAGUGUGUCGUAGAUCUCGUGUCGGAGGGGCGCGAGAAGAAGAGAAAGGGGGAGAGGGAAGAGGAUGACGUGGUGGUGGUGAAGGAAGAGUGUGUCGUAGCUCCCGUGUCGGAGGGGCGCGAGAAGAAGAGAAAGAGAAAGCGGGCGGAGAAAGAGGUGUUGGCUGAAGACUGCAGCGCCACCACUGGCGUGGAGCAGAACAACCAGGACCGCCAAAUUGUAGACUUAACGGAGGGCGAGGUUGUAAAUAAGAAAUGGAGGGAGGAGGUAGUUGUCGUGGAGGAUGAGGUGAUCGUGGUAAAAGAGAAGAAAUCUAAAAAGGACAAGAAGAAGAAAAAGAAGAAGAGAAUAGAUCUACAUUCUUUGUAGAACUAUUAGAACCGUCAUCUCAAAUGGCACCCUAAUCCCUUUGUAGUGCACUACUCCCAUAUGGCUCUGAUAUAAAGUAGUGCACUAUAUAUUAUUAUAGAGAGAGAAUAGGGUGCCGUUUGGGAUGCACUGUAGUCCUCAGGUUUCUGUGUUACAGUACAGUAGGCCUCUGUUCAUACAUGAAAGAACUGUGUCUGUGCACAGAGUGAUUCUCAUCGGUUAGUUUGGACUGAAUAUCUGCUGGAAACAAUCGAGGUGGUCCUACGUUUCUGGACCCAUUCAGGAUGAGUUUGGUGCUUUCCCAGAGAUACACUUUUAUAAUGAGCAUUGUGACUCGUAUGUUCUCUGGAUGCCCCUGUAGUCUCCCUGUAGUCUCCCUAAAGUCUCCCUGUAUUCUCCCUGUAGUCUCUGCUCCCUGUAGUCUCUGCUCCCUGUAGUCUCUGCUCCCUGUAGUCUCUGCUCCCUGUAGUCUCUGCUCCCUGUAGUCUCUGCCCCCUGUAGUCUCCCUGUAGUCUCUGCUCCCUGUAGUCUCUGCUCCCUGUAGUCUCUGCUCCCUGUAGUCUCCCUGUAGUCUCCCUAAAGUCUCUGCUCCCUGUAGUCUCCCUGUAGUCUCCCUAAAGUCUCUGCUCCCUGUAGUCUCCCUGUAGUCUCUGCUCCCUGUAGUCUCUGCUCCCUGUAGUCUCUGCUCCCUGUAGUCUCUGCUCCCUGUAGUCUCUGCUCCCUGUAGUCUCCCUGUAGUCUCCCUAAAGUGUCUGCUCCCUGUAGUCUCCCUGUAGUCUCCCUAAAGUCUCUGCUCCCUGUAGUCUCCCUGUAGUCUCCCUAAAGUCUCUGCUCCCUGUAGUCUCCCUGUAGUCUCUGCUCCCUGUAGUAUCUGCUCCCUGUAGUCUCCCUGUAGUCUCCCUGUAGUCUGCUCCCUGUAGUCUCCCUGUGGUAUCUGCCCCCUGUAGUCUCCCUGUAGUCUCCCCUCUCCCAUUCUACAACAGGACAGGGGGCCAUUCUACAACAGGACAGGGGGCCAUUCUACAACAGGACAGGGGGCCAGUCUACAACAGGACAGGGGGCCAGUCUACAACAGGACAGGGGGCCAGUCUACAACAGGACAGGGGGCCAUUCUACAACAGGACAGGGGGCCAUUCUACAACAGGACAGGGGGCCAUUCUACAACAGGACAGGGGGCCAGUCUACAACAGGACAGGGGGCCAUUCUACAACAGGACAGGGGGCCAUUCUACAACAGGACAGGGGGCCAUUCUACAACAGGACAGGGGGCCAUUCUACAACAGGACAGGGGGCCAUUCUAAAACAGGACAGGGGGCCAUUCUAAAACAGGACAGGGGGCCAUUCUAAAACAGGACAGGGGGCCAGUCUACAACAGGACAGGGGGCCAUUCUACAACAGGACAGGGGGCCAUUCUACAACAGGACAGGGGGCCAGUCUACAAGAGGACAGGGGGCCAGUCUACAACAGGACAGGGGGCCAGUCUACAACAGGACAGGGGGCCAGUCUACAACAGGACAGGGGGCCAGUCUACAACAGGACAGGGGGCCAGUCUACAAGAGGACAGGGGUUCUUAUAGAAAGGAAUUGAUGUGUGUUUGAUUUCAUAAUAAAGUGUUCUCUUUAUAAUCAGAUGAAAUCAAGCUGUCAAUGUUUCCCGGUCAAUAAAUCAAACUCAAAAAUGAAAACUUUUUUUUUUGUUUUUUUUUUGAGCUGUUGAAGAAUUUCUCGAUGGGCUUUUUGCCAAUCAAUCUGACAUGCAAUACAUCCAGAACCUAGGACUACAUGCGGUCCACAUUGUCAUUGCAAUUGUGCAUACAUUAACAUAUGUACGUAGUGUUUCUACUGAUACAACUCCAAUCACCUUGUCAAUCCAUGAGCUGCUUCGUCUCGUGUUUAUAUUGAUCCGCUACAAUUAUUGUCCUCCGUAUCAGUUGUCUUUCAGUUGGCUACUAAAAUAAAUAAAUAAAUGGUUUAAACAUG